AAUGGCAGCAGCUGAGGGGAUUUUAUACGAUACUCUAACCCCUCUCUCCCCCAACGAACAUGAACCGUACAUCGUAUUCCGUAACGAAAUCUCUCAAUCAACACUCCACUGUCCUUCACCUGAAACCGCCGCACCUGAUUAUUUCUCACUCGACCUUAACAGUGACGGUGCUGACGUGGAUAACAGUUCCGUUUUAACGCCGGUGCCAGCUGUUACUACUCCGUUAACGGUUAAAGGACUUGAAGGCAAUUGGUUUCGUGCUAAUUGUAGGUUUAAAAGUCCUAUGCUUCAGCUUCACAAAGAGAUAAUAGAUUUUUGUGAGUUUUUAUCACCGACACCGGAGGAACAAGCAUCUCGUAAUGAAGCAAUAGAAUGUGUUUUUGAUGUUAUCAGAUAUAUCUGGCCCAACUGUAAGCCAGAGGUCUUCGGAUCAUUCAAGACAGGACUUUAUCUCCCUACUAGUGAUGUUGAUCUGGUGAUUUUAGGGUCAGAUAUUAGAAGUCCUCAAAUUGGGUUACAAGCUCUUUCCAGAGCUCUUUCACAAAAAGGAGUUGCAAAGAAGAUACAGGUGAUUUCAAAGGCUCGUGUACCAAUAAUCAAAUUUGUGGAGAAGAAAAGUGGCAUUUCAUUUGACAUAAGCUUUGAUGUGGAAAAUGGACCCAAAGCUGCUGAAUUUAUUAAGGAUGCUAUGUCUAGCUGGCCUCCUCUGCGUCCAUUAUGCUUGAUAUUGAAAGUGUUCUUGCAACAGAGAGAGUUAAAUGAGGUUUAUACUGGUGGGAUUGGUUCUUAUGCACUGCUUGUAAUGCUCAUAGCAAUGCUGCAGAAUCAUCGAAGUGGACAAGCUUCUGCGGAACAGAAUUUGGGAAUUCUUUUGGUUAAUUUCUUUGAUAUUUAUGGACGCAAAUUAAAUACAUCAGAUGUUGGUGUAUCUUGUAAUGGAGAAGGUACCUUCUUCCUGAAGAGUAGCAAAGGGUUCUCAAUUAAAGGAAAGCAAUCGCUUAUUUCCAUUGAGGAUCCACAGACACCAGAAAAUGACAUAGGAAAGAGCUCCUUCAAUUAUUUUCAGGUCAGAUCUGCUUUUGCAAUGGCUUUCACGACAUUGACAAAUGCAAAAGCCAUAUUUGCCCUAGGUCCCAACAAGAGUAUUCUUGGCACGAUAAUUAGACCAGAUGAAGUACUAGUGGAAAGGAAAGGGGGUUCAAAUGGGGAAGUGACUUUUAACAACUUGCUUCCAGGCGCUGGGGAGGGACUGCAGCAGUAUGGUGACCAGCAGGAGAUCUAUUGUAACUGGCAAUUAAAUGAUGACGAUGAAGAAGCACUCCCGCGAGGAAAUGGGAUUGUUGAGGAUGGUGGUGCUCAAUCCUCAGGAAAGAAGAGGAAAUCGUCAAAGGAUAAACAUUCUGCUAAGAAGGUGAAGGAAAACGGGCAUAGUAGUAAUGUCAGAGAUGAAGAAAAUUCCUCGAGGAAAGAGAAAAGUUCGAAGAAGCAUUGGAAACAUAACAGAUGGUGAUAAGGCAGCAAUGAUAUUUAUUUACAGUUGUAAGAGUUCAUCUACGGGGAUGCCUCUACAUGAUAUUUAGCCUACAUCAGAUGGUCAGAUCAUGAGGAACCUUGCCGUAAUUAUACUGAUGUAUCACAGGAGAUGUCUAUGUGGCAAAGUUCUUCAGGUAGUUUCUAUGGUGGCAACAUUGACGUGUGAGCUUCCGUAUCAGGUGCUACUGGAGUGGGGUUUCAUAGUGAGUGAAGAUCAUCUUCAGUGUUGUAACAUGCCAAUUUUGACAAGAGUGAGCUGCUGUUGUAAUUUAGAAAGAAAAUCAGAGUUGUAACACUAUUCUUUUUAUUUUAGUUUAAAGAUAAAGUGACUUUCUGAAAAUGCCAUUUGAUCAUUUUGCCUAGUUAAUGUAUUCCUAAAACAAAGUGUAUGCCAAAUGUAGUUUGAGAUGUGGAUGAAUACAGUGUUUUACGUA